AUGGGGCGCAAAAGCAAAAAAUACCGGAUGGGAAAACACCCAAACACCGCCGAUAUCGGCAAAUUUCUGUGGAGGCCGCAAGCUUCCCUGAGACCUGUCAUGGCGCCGCUCUCGGACGCACCGUCCAGAUCAUCCAGUGAAGACUCACUCUCCAACCUGGAAAUGAUGGCGGAGACGCAGAGAGCAGGCAAGACUAAGGCACAAAGCAACCCUCCAGUCACUGAAGACCGACUGAACGCCCUCUUGGAUGAUCUCCGCCGACAUAUUGCGGCAGACAUCAAUUCUUUUAAAGAGGAAAUUCAUGGGGUGUCGGUGAGACUAAUUGACACAGAAAUCAGCACAGCAGCACACGAGGCCCGCAUUAAUAGCCUUGAGAGCGAGCUGACUAAGACCAAGAACGAUCUGAUCCAAACCCAGCACCAAGUUGCAGCAAUGGAAGAUCAUAGGCGAUGGAACAAUGUUAAAAUAAGGGGCCUGGCUGAGAGCGUUACAACCGCAGAAAUCCCCCACCUCAUCCGAAGACUGCUAUCCAGCUUAUUCGUGCCAAAACAAGCCAAAGCCAUGUUGCUGGAGGGAUGCUACAGGCUACCACAACCGCAGGUGAACUCCCAGCAAACCAGCAGGGAUGUAAUAGUGUGUUUUCAGCACGGACCGGACAGGCAGGCCUUUCUGUCAGCUGUCCGCAACACCACUCCUUACCAAUUUGAGGGACAUUCCUUAUUAUUCUACCCGGACAUCUCCAGGGCCACAAUGACAUGGCGGAGAUCCAUGAGACCACUUACCACAGUGCUGAUGCAACAUAGAAGACCCUACAGAUGGGGAGCACCACGAAGCCUUUUGAUACCUAACGAGACUGGGACUCUUAGAGUUGCUGACAUAUCCGAAAUGGGCUCCAUUCUUCAACAACUUGGUCUCCCCCCCGCAGAGACGGGGACGCAACCACCAGUGCCUAAGCCAAAGUCGCAGACAUGGGACCUGGCCACUAUCUGCCCUUUUGUCCUGGCUACCCAACGGAACAACAACGCUACCACCGAGACAACUUGA